GCUGUGGGCUUAUCAGGGAGGGGAAAGAAAAGAAAAGCAAAUGAUUUCUGUUUGUUCGUAAAUACGUCAUCCAGUGAACCUGGUCCCGAAAAGAAAGCAAAAUCAUCUGUGUUUUUGAGUCACUUCCUGUACUGCUGAAUUACACCCUGAACUGGGAAGCAAAAAACAGCAAAUAGUUUUUUUUACCAAUCGUAUCGAAACACCGUAACACCACCAAUUGCACAAUGUUUCGUACGUCCGUGUUUGACAAAAGUUUGGAAAAUGCCACCAGUAAUCUCAACCUGGAACCGGACUGGCAAGCGAUUCUGGUCAUCUGUGAUACAAUCCGGCAGGGUGAUGUGAAUGCCAAGUAUGCUGUUGGGGCGCUCAAGAAGAAGAUGCAGUCACCGAACCCGAUCACGGCCAUGUACGCACUGCUGACGCUGGAAAGCAUUGUGAAGAACUGCGGCACGCCGGUGCACGAUGAGAUCGCGAACAAGGCCAACUGCGAGCUGUUCCAGAAUCUGGUCAACACCACCAAGCACGAGGAGGUGCGGGCGAAGAUGCUCGAGCUGAUACAGGCCUGGGCCUACGCGUUCCGGUCCACCAUCAAGUAUCGCUCGAUAAAGGAUACGAUGAACAUUCUGAAAACGGAGGGCCACAAAUUCCCGGAGCUGAAGGAAGCCGACGCCAUGUUCUCGUCCGACAUCGCCCCGGACUGGGUGGACGGGGACGUGUGCCACCGCUGCCGGUCCCAGUUCACGUUCACGGUGCGCAAGCACCACUGCCGCAACUGUGGCCAGGUGUUCUGUGCCCAGUGCUCGUCGAAGAACAGCACGCUGCCCAAGUUUGGCAUCGAGAAGGAGGUGCGCGUAUGCGACGGCUGCUACGCGCAGCUUCAACGACCGGCGGGCACGCUGGUGAAGAAACCGACCGAGGAGGAGGAUCUGCCGGCCGAGUAUCUGAGCAGCUCGCUGGCCCAGCAGGCACAGGGCCCCGCCCGCAAGACGGACGAGGAGCUGCGCGAAGAGGAGGAACUGCAGCUGGCCCUCGCGCUGAGCCAAUCGGAGGCGGAAACGAAGCAGCAGGCGCAGGCUCGCCGAUCGGCCACGUUCCACAGCAAGGCGCCGGAAUCGCCGGAACCGCAGACGCCCCAGGCACAGGUAAAGCGAAGCCCAUCGCCCGCCGAGGAACCGCCGGCCGACCCCGAGCUGGCACGCUACCUGAACCGCAACUACUGGGAGCAGCGGCAGGUGAUGGAAUCGCCGGCCUCCCCAUCGGCGCCGAGCCCGAUGCCCAGCCCGAUGCCGUCGCUGCAGCCGAGCCUGCUGAUGACGAAGAGUGCGCCCGAGGACGCGGAGAUCGACGAGUUCUCGAACAUGAUGAAAACGCAGGUGGAAAUCUUUGUCAACCGGAUGAAAUCGAACUCGAGCCGCGGGAGGAGCAUCUCGUGCGACAGCGCGGUGCAGACGCUGUUCAUGAACGUGACCUCGCUGCACGGCCGGCUGCUCACGUUCAUCAAGGACAUGGACGACAAGCGCAUGUGGUACGAGCAGCUGCAGGACAAGCUGACGCAGAUCAAGGAUUCGCGCGCCGCGUUGGACGUGCUGCGGCAGGAGCAUCAGGAGAAGCUGCAGCGCAUCGCGGAGGAGCAGGAGCGGCAGCGCCAGCUGCAGAUGGCCCAGAAGCUGGAGAUUAUGCGCAAGAAGAAGCAGGAGUAUCUGCAGUACCAGCGGCAGGUGGCAUUGCAGCGCAUCCAGGAGCAGGAGCGCGAGAUGCAGAUGCGCCAGGAGCAGCAGAAGGCGCAGUAUCGUAUGGGGACGGCCUUCCCAUUCAUGGGACCAGGGCCAGCUCCGGGUCCGCAGGGAUCGCCGGUCCAUGUCGGUGGAUAUCCGGCCCCUGGUUACGGGCCGUACGGACCGAUGCCGCCAACGAACGGCACCAUGCCACAGUAUCAACCGCAGCCGCAACAACAGCAGCAGCAGCAACCGCAGCCACCGCAGCAGAUGUUUUCGCCCCAGCACGCCGGGCAGUAUGUCGGAAUGCCGGGUGCGACUGCACCGGGAGUGGACGGGCAGGUACCGAUGCAGCAAGGACCGAUGCAAGCACCACCCCCGGGCCAGCCAGGGAUUAUUCCACCGGGGAUGAACGUGAUGCCGGGGCAGGUUCCACCACCGGGCGGUAUGAAUAUGCCGCCCGGUCACAUGCCAGGUGCACCGAUGAUGGGACCACCUCAGCAACCUCAGCAGCAACCGCCUCAACAACAGCAACAACCGCAGCAACAAUUACCACCACCACCACCCCAGGGUCAUCCGACCGGGCUGAUGGGCGGAAAUCCGAUGCAACCGCCGAACGCUGCCGAUAUGCAGCAGCAGCAGCAACAGCAACCGGGUCAACUUCCACCGCAGGUCACCAUGCAGAUGCCACCGGCGCCGAUGGCACCUGGGCCGGAUACUGCACCGGUUACGGCUGCUCCUCCUCCACCCGCUGCUGUUGCUCCACCGGCUCCCCAGCAGGCACAACCGGUCGCUCCGAAACUCGAGCCAGAGACGGCGGAAUUAAUUAGCUUUGAUUGAAUGGAUGAUUGGAUCCCGCAAUGAUAUCCCAAUAUUUAGCGUUACGCAGCUAUCUUUAAAAGCUUUUUUUCGGUUCAAUACUUUCUAAUCACUCUGAACGAGCAUACUAUCCCUUAGAAAUGCUAAAAUGAGGCCAAAAAUGGCUCAUUUCACAUUAUGUAUCGCAGGUCCAUGUAUAGCGAAUAAAUAUUGUACAUCAAAUGGUUAAA